CACGCACACACACACGCACACACACGCACACACACGCUUACUCUCCCUAAAGGGGGAGACCGAGCUGACUGAUCGAGAUCGAGAGGAGACUGGCUGCUCCUCACUGCCUUCCACUGGAGUCCUGUGACCGGCUUUUUCCUGCUUCUUUGACUAAUUUAUUCCGCUUGGAGCUGACGCAGGACAGGGAGAAGGGGGGGAAACGGACGGGAGUCAUGCAAUAGUACACCCUGACUCCCUGACAGGGAAUGUGGAAAGGUUGUGGCCUCUGCUUGUCACUGCUGGAUGGACAGUGACCAAACAAGACAGGGAAGGAAAAGUUUGUGGAAACUUCCCAGAGGAGGUCGAGUUUAUUCUGUUUUUUUUUUGUCUUUUUGGUGACAUUGGAGCCGAGCAUUGUUGGAGGCGCUCAAAGAAAAGUCAACUCCUGACAAGAGGACUAAUGAAUUUAGUUGCCGCAGAAACCACCAAGGCAUUUUUCCCGGGGAAAGAGGGGUGUGUUGUCUUUCUCUGCCCUCUCUGGUUUUAUUAAAACGCUGGGAGCGAGUGUCAGCAUUCCCUGGAUUUCAGGCCACAGAUCAUUUGUUUUUACAGAAAGCGCAUGGCCAAAGGCCAGAAGAAGGUUUUUUGGUCACCCCCCUUCCUUGUGGGGACAUAUUUCCCUUUUUUCCCUAAAUCAACGUUUACAUUUUUGCACUUUUCACCGCUGUCACCUCUGCCCCAACAAGUCAAGAGUGAGUCUGGACUAGAGCUGGCCCAGAUCAGCAGAUAACACCUCUACACUGCACAGGAACUGGUUGGACUAGUUUGGAAGUUGGAGCAGAGGGCAGGGUGGUUUAACCCUGCCUGAAGGAGAACUUUAUUUUCCUCCCACUUGUCCUUCUGGGAGAAAACAGUCACGCACACAGAGAGAGUCAUAGUGACUGUUUACGCUGAGGGAGACUUUUUAAUGCUUCGUCUUUUCAAGGAGGGAGAAUCUGGGAGCGAAAGUAAGAGGGAGGGAGAGUCCAGAGUGUAAUUUAUUGUUUCCUGGGUAAGAGCAGGCUGCACCCUUUUUUUUUUCCUUCUCCUGCCUGAACUCUGAACCGCUCAAUGUGUGUGUAAAGUUUUCUCAGGAGCCAUUGAUUGGAGGUCAGGGCGGCAAACACAAGGGUGAAAGGCAAGAACAGAGGGAGCAGGCAGAUUAAAGGAGACCAGAGUGCACCGAAGCAGACGUCGAGGAGGGAAAGGUCAACGCGGAGACAACUUUUCACCCUUUCAGCAACAAAUCUCACACGGGAGCCAGCGCAUUGUGCUUUUUGCUCACUUUUCAGACGUUGAGCGUAGUUUAAAGCCGGGGCGGGUCAGUGUAUGAUCCACUUACGGGCCGGCCUGACUUCGAGAAUAUGGCCAUGGUGAGCGGGGGAUGGGGCAACCCCAACGGGGACACGACUGGACUGGGGGAGAAGGUUUACCUGCGCAGGGAGGAAGAGGAGGGCUCGCCCCAUGCCGGAAGCAGCGACGUGGAUGUUGCGGAUGAGGACAAGGCCUGCGUAGUGGAUUGUGUGGUGUGUGGGGACAAGUCCAGCGGGAAGCACUACGGCGUGUUCACAUGUGAGGGCUGCAAGAGCUUCUUCAAAAGGAGCAUCAGACGCAACCUCAACUACUCCUGCAGGUCAAACCGAGAAUGCCAAAUCGACCAGCACCAUCGCAACCAGUGCCAGUACUGUCGACUCAAGAAGUGUUUCCGCGUUGGUAUGCGCAAGGAAGCUGUCCAGCGGGGGCGCAUCCCUCCUUCCCACUCAGGUAUCAGUCCCAACUCCCGGGCAGGUGGAGUGGGAGGCAUGUUGCCGGGUCACCUGGGGGCGGACUACUUCAACGGGCAGCCGGUGUCAGAGCUCAUCUCUCAGCUGCUUCGGGCCGAGCCGUACCCCAACAGCCGUUACGGGACCCCCUACAGCCAGGCGCAGAUGGGGGCUACUGCCAGCGGAGCCCCCGUCAUGGGCAUCGACAGCAUCUGUGAGCUCGCUGCUCGCCUCCUCUUCAGCACCAUCGAGUGGGCCAGAAACAUCCCGUACUUUCCGGAGCUGCCUGUUUCUGAGCAGGUGGCGCUGCUCAGGCUGAGCUGGAGCGAACUUUUCAUUCUAAAUGCGGCCCAGUCUGCUUUGCCUCUCCACAUGGCCCCCCUGCUGGCAGCGGCCGGCUUCCACUCGUCCCCCAUGUCCGCAGAGAGGGUGGUGUCCUUCAUGGACCAGGUCAGGGUGUUCCAGGACCAAGUGGACAAACUCAAUCGGCUGCAAGUGGACACCGCCGAGUACAGCUGCCUCAAAGCCAUCGCUCUCUUUUCACCAGAUGCAUGUGGUCUGACGGAUCCAGCCCACGUCGAGUCCCUGCAGGAGAAGGCCCAGGUCGCCCUGACCGAGUACGAGAGGUUGCAGUACCCCAACCAGCCUCAGCGUUUCGGCCGCUUGCUACUGCGCCUCCCGGCUCUACGGGCCGUGCCGGCCAACCUCAUCUCGCAGCUCUUCUUCAUGCGUCUGGUGGGAAAGACGCCUAUCGAGACGCUGAUCCGAGACAUGCAGCUGUCAGGGAGCUCCAUCAAUUGGCCCUAUGCCCCGGGACAGUGAAUCCUGCAGGCCAGAGUGGGAUACAGAGCAGCAAAAAAAUUAAAUAAAAUCACUGAAACUGGAGUUUUAGGGGUUUAAGGUAAAGAGAUCAAAGUAUUUGCAGCACUUGCGCGUUUAUGCUCUGGUCUCCAUCUGAUCUCUUUGUUUCAUUCUAGGCAAAAACAAGGCCUAAAUCAAAAGGCCCUAUGCACAUACUACCUCCUCCCAUUACAACCCUUAAUGUGACUGAGUUUGCUCCAAGCCUCUGCGUGUGUGUGUGUGUGUGUGUGUGUGUUUUCUCUGCUUUAAGUCCAAAUGAAGCCAUAGCAACACCACUUCCAUGCACACGACCCCGUGUGGGUCGGCCCGUGAUGUGCUGACUGUAUGGAAGUUGUUUUAUUUGUUACCAAAUGUAUUCCAUCACACAAGUAAUGUCAAUUUGUUGUGUAUUAUGUACAGUAUAUGUGCUACACAAAUAUUUAUGCUCAAAGACACCCUGUGAAGAAGUUACAAUUUCAGGAUUUGCUGCCCUCCAGUGGCACAAACACAAACUACAUUUUCACACAGUGACUUUACCACAGAGAUGUUGACAGCGAGCAAGCAGACAGCACACCUUGACUCUUCACAGAUCCCUGUCUGACAUUAUUACCUCAUGUUUUAUAUUGUAAAAGGCAAAGAAUGUAGAGUUUUGCGCUAAAGAUACAUUUAAAGAGAUCAAGGUCGAUCAUCACAAGAAUGUAUCAGGAAUAAUCACCCAAAGACAGACCUCUCUGGUGAUUGAUUUUUUUUUUUUGUAUUUGAAGUGUACAUCCUCUAUGAAAGGUACGAUCCUUGUUAUGUUUCUUUUUUUUUGGUUGUUUAAGGGUAGUUCAGUUAGCUUUUUGGACAAUAUUGUUAUGCGUUGUGUGAAAACAUGGCCUUACGGAUGGUCGAGAAUGAUGGUGUUGGCACUUGUCGGGAGUAAAUUGGUCAUGAAAUGUUAAUGCUACAAACUACAACUUCAUCUGAUG